AUGUCGGGAUAUCCAGGCGGUGGUCAACGUGACCAGUAUGAGGAUGGCUACGGCCAUCCUCAGGGAGGCAACCACCAGCAAGGUGGAAACACAGAUUCCUACUACCAAGAUGAUCAGUACUAUGAUCAAGGAUACGAUAACCGUGGUCCUCCUAACCCGAACAAUCAACACAACAACGCCGCCAACAACAACAACAACAACAACAACAACAACGAUGGCUACUACGAUGAAUCUGGUUACUAUAACGCCGACCCCAACAACCCCUAUCACCAGGAUGGAGGCUAUUACGACGGCCAGGACCAGUAUCAAGACGGGUACUACGAUCAAGGCCAAGGAGGAUAUUAUGACCAGGACUAUGACCGGGGACACCCAGGACAAGGUGCUCGUCAAGGCUCCGAGGAAGAUUCCGAGACCUUUAGCGACUUCACAAUGAGAUCAGAUAUGGCUCGAGCUGCUGAAAUGGACUACUAUGGCCGUGGCGACGAGCGUUAUAACAGCUACAAUGACGGACAACGUGGUUACCGCCCCCCGUCAUCACAAAUUUCGUAUGCCGGCAACCGGUCUUCAGGCGCAUCUACUCCCAACUACGGCAUGGACUAUGGAAAUGCUCUCCCGCCCGGCCAACGAUCUCGGGAGCCAUACCCUGCUUGGACGUCAGAUGCCCAGAUCCCAUUGUCAAAGGAGGAGAUCGAGGACAUCUUUCUGGACUUGACCUCCAAGUUUGGUUUCCAACGCGACAGCAUGCGAAACGUGUAUGAUCAUCUUAUGAUUCUUCUGGAUUCCCGAGCCUCUCGCAUGACACCGAACCAAGCCUUGUUAUCGCUGCAUGCCGAUUACAUUGGCGGAGAUAAUGCCAACUUUCGCAAGUGGUACUUCGCUGCUCAUCUUGAUCUGGAUGAUGCAGUCGGCUUUGCUAAUGCUGCAGGCAAGGGCCUGAAGCGGAAGAAGAAGGGCGGAAAGAAGAAGAAGAAGGAUGCUGACGCUAACGAAGCCGAGACAUUGCAGGACCUCGAGGGAGAUGACAGUCUUGAGGCCGCCGAAUAUCGUUGGAAGACCCGCAUGAACAAGAUGUCACAACACGACCGGAUCCGACAGAUCGCUCUUUAUCUGCUGUGCUGGGGUGAAGCUAACCAAGUUCGUUUCAUGCCCGAGUGCUUGUGCUUCAUCUUCAAGUGUGCGGAUGAUUACCUCAAUUCUCCCGCUUGCCAAGCACUUGUUGAACCAGUGGAGGAGUUCACCUUUCUCAACAAUGUGAUUACCCCUCUCUAUCAAUACCUUCGAGACCAAGGUUACGAAAUUUCGGAUGGCGUCUAUGUCCGUCGCGAGCGCGAUCACAAGAAUAUCAUUGGCUAUGAUGAUUGCAACCAACUUUUCUGGUAUCCCGAAGGCAUUGAACGGCUCGUCCUGCAAGAUAAGAGCAAAUUGAUUGACGUCCCCCCUGCCGAGCGAUACGUAAAGCUCAAGGAUGUUAAUUGGAAGAAGUGCUUUUUCAAGACGUACCGCGAGUCACGUUCUUGGUUCCAUCUUCUCGUCAACUUCAACCGUAUCUGGAUCAUCCACUUGACUAUGUUCUGGUUCUAUACUUCUCACAAUGCUCCAAGUAUCUUGGUUGGACCAAGUUACGAGCAGCAGGUGAACCAGUCUCCAUCAACUGCCAAGUCCUUCUCUAUCGUUGGUUUUGGUGGUGCCAUUGCCUCUUUUAUCCAGGUUCUUGCCACUCUUGGUGAAUGGGCAUACGUGCCUCGUCGGUGGGCUGGUGCCCAGCAUCUUACCUCGCGACUGUUCUUCUUACUGUUUGUUCUGGUACUCAACAUCGCUCCUGGCAUCAAGGUUUUCUUCCUCGAGGGUAUUGGUGGCGAGAAGAUUGACACAGCUAUUGGUAUCGUCCACUUCAUCAUUGCUGUUAUCACCUUCAUCUUUUUCUCAAUUAUGCCUCUUGGUGGUUUGUUUGGCAGCUACCUGUCUACCAACACAAGACGUUACGUUGCCAGUCAGACCUUCACUGCCAGUUGGCCUAAGCUUCGUGGUAACGACAUGGCUAUGUCCUAUGGACUAUGGGCUGUCGUCUUUGGAGUCAAAAUGGGUGUUUCGUACAUCUAUCUCAUUCUGUCUUUCCGCGACCCUGUUCGAUAUUUGAAUAUCAUGAAGGUCGAUACGUGCUUGGGUGACAAGACGUUCCUUGGCCCGAGCCUUUGUAAAUGGCACCCAACGAUCGUCUUAGCUCUCAUGGCAUUUACUGAUGUCAUCUUCUUCUUUCUCGACACCUACCUGUGGUAUGUCCUUGUCAACACUGUGUUUUCUGUUGCAAGAUCUUUCUACAUUGGAUCUUCCAUCCUUACUCCUUGGCGAAACGUCUUCUCUCGCCUUCCCAAACGUGUUUACUCCAAGGUUCUUGCCACGACGGAUAUGGAGAUCAAAUACAAGCCCAAAGUUCUCAUCUCGCAGGUUUGGAAUGCCAUCGUCAUAUCCAUGUACCGCGAACAUCUCCUGGCAAUCGAGCAUGUUCAGAAGUUGCUUUACCAUCAGGUUCCUUCGGAACAGGAAGGCAAGAGAACUUUGCGCGCUCCUACCUUCUUCAUUUCUCAAGAAGAUCACUCCUUCAAGACCGAGUAUUUCCCCCCUUACAGUGAAGCAGAGCGCCGAAUCUCAUUCUUUGCUCAGUCUUUGUCAACUCCCAUUCCUGAGCCCGUCCCCGUUGAUAACAUGCCCACGUUCACUGUUAUGAUUCCUCACUACGGUGAAAAGAUUCUCCUCUCGCUACGUGAGAUCAUUCGUGAGGAUGAGCCAUACUCCCGUGUCACCCUCCUGGAGUAUCUGAAGCAACUGCACCCCCACGAAUGGGAUUGCUUCGUCAAGGACACCAAGAUUCUAGCCGAUGAGACCUCUCAGUACAAUGGCGAAACGGACAAGAAUGAGAAAGACAGGGCCAAGAGCAAGAUUGACGAUCUUCCAUUUUACUGCAUCGGUUUCAAGUCCUCCGCGCCUGAGUACACUCUUCGCACACGUAUUUGGGCUUCUCUUCGCUUCCAGACUCUCUACCGCACUAUCUCCGGUUUCAUGAACUAUAGUCGUGCUAUCAAGCUUCUCUAUCGUGUCGAGAAUCCCGAGGUCGUGCAGAUGUUUGGCGGCAACACAGACAAACUUGAGCGUGAGCUUGAACGUAUGGCCCGCCGCAAGUUUAAGAUUGUCGUUUCUAUGCAAAGGUUCUCCAAGUUCAAAAAAGAAGAGAUGGAGAAUGCCGAAUUCCUGCUCCGCGCUUAUCCCGAUCUUCAAAUUGCUUACCUGGAUGAAGAACCACCGACUGCUGAAGGCGAAGAGCCAAGACUAUACUCUGUUCUCAUUGACGGCCACUCUGAGGUUAUGGAGAACGGCAUGCGUCGUCCCAAGUUUCGCGUCCAGCUUUCUGGCAAUCCUAUCCUUGGCGACGGGAAAUCCGACAAUCAGAACCACUCCAUCAUCUUCUACCGUGGCGAAUACAUUCAGCUUAUUGAUGCUAACCAGGACAACUACCUCGAAGAGUGCCUCAAGAUUCGCAGUGUUCUUGCCGAGUUUGAGGAGAUGAAGACAGAUAAUGUUUCCCCAUACACUCCUGGUGUCAAGAACGACGUGUCUGCCCCUGUUGCUAUUCUUGGUGCUCGCGAGUACAUUUUCUCAGAGAAUAUUGGUAUCCUUGGUGAUAUUGCUGCUGGAAAGGAACAGACAUUUGGUACACUCUUCGCUCGAACCAUGGCUCAGAUUGGUGGUAAGCUCCAUUACGGACAUCCCGAUUUCCUGAAUGGUAUCUUCAUGACUACCCGCGGUGGUGUCUCCAAAGCCCAAAAGGGUCUCCAUUUGAACGAAGAUAUUUACGCCGGAAUGACCGCUCUACUGCGUGGAGGACGCAUCAAGCAGUGCGAAUACUUCCAAUGCGGCAAAGGCCGUGAUUUGGGUUUCGGUUCAGUCCUGAACUUCACGACCAAAAUUGGUACUGGCAUGGGCGAACAGUUCUUGUCUCGCGAGUACUACUACCUUGGCACUCAACUUCCCCUCGAUCGAUUCUUGUCGUUCUACUACGCACAUCCCGGUUUCCAUUUGAACAACAUGUUUAUCAUGUUCUCUGUUCAGAUGUUUAUGAUCACGAUGAUCAACCUCGGAGCGCUGCGCAACCAGACAAUUCGUUGCGAGUACAACCGAAACGUCCCCAUCACCGAUCCUCUUUACCCAACGGGCUGUGCCAACACUGAUGCCCUGACCGACUGGAUUUACCGUUGCAUUAUCUCUAUCCUCUUCGUCUUGUUCUUGUCCUUCAUCCCUCUUAUUGUCCAGGAGCUUUCCGAGCGUGGAAUUUGGCGUGCCUUCAUCCGAUUGAUGAAGCAGUUUUGUUCACUCUCGCUCAUGUUCGAAGUCUUCGUCUGUCAGAUCUACGCGAACUCUGUGCAGCAGAAUAUUUCGUUUGGUGGUGCGCGAUACAUUGGUACAGGCCGUGGUUUCGCUACUGCCCGUAUACCCUUUGGCGUCUUGUAUUCUCGAUUUGCUGGACCUGCUAUUUACUUCGGCGCUCGUUUGCUAAUGAUGCUUCUCUUUGCUACACUCACCGUCUGGAAGGGUGUCCUGAUUUACUUCUGGAUUACUCUGCUGGCUCUUACCAUCUCGCCUUUCUUGUACAACCCUCAUCAGUUCGCAUGGACCGACUUUUUCAUCGACUACCGGGAUUACCUGCGCUGGUUGUCGCGUGGUAACUCACGCAGCCACGCCUCGUCUUGGAUUUCGUACUGUCGACUUUCCCGAACUCGACUUACUGGCUAUAAGCGCAAGACCCUGGGUGACCCCUCUGCCAAGAUGUCGGCUGAUGUUCCGCGUGCUCCUUUUGCCAACAUCUUCUUCAGUGAGAUCUUCUCACCUCUUAUGCUUGCUGUCGUUACGAUUCUCCCCUACCUGUUCAUCAAUGCCCAGACUGGUGUGUUGAAAGAGAACCAGAAAGAGGCGGACAAGAAGAAGGUCGCACCAACGGACGCCCUGAUUCGCCUACUCGUCAUUACCUUUGCUCCUGUCGCUGUCAAUGCAGGUGUUCUUGCUGCUAUGUUCGGCAUGGCCUGUUGCAUGGGUCCCCUUCUCAGCAUGUGCUGUAAGAAGUUCGGUAGUGUUCUCGCUGGUAUCGCGCAUGCCUCAGCUGUCAUUUUCCUCCUCAUUUCUUUCCUGGGCAUGUUUGUUCUCGAGGGCUUUGAUUUCACAAAGACCGUGUCCGGUAUGAUUGCCGUGACUGCAAUCCAACGUUUCUUUGUCAAGUUGAUCGUGUCUCUCGCCCUCACUCGAGAGUUCAAGUCGGACGCUUCCAACAUUGCUUUCUGGACUGGAAAGUGGUACUCUAUGGGAUGGCACACUGUUUCUCAACCUGCUCGUGAAUUCCUUUGCAAAAUCACCGAACUCUCUAUGUUUUCGGCUGAUUUCGUUCUUGGUCACUGGCUACUCUUUUUCAUGGCACCUGUCAUUUUGAUCCCUAAGAUCGACAUGCUGCACUCCAUGAUGUUGUUCUGGCUCCGCCCUAGCCGUCAAAUUCGACCUCCUAUUUACUCGAUGAAGCAGUCCAAGCUUAGACGAAGACGCGUAGUUCGUUACGCCAUCCUCUACUUCACUCUUCUGGUUGUCUUCAUCGCUCUCAUCGUCGGACCUAUCGUGGCUGGCAAAUUCAUUUUCCCUGCCAUUGAUAGCGCUCUUAGUGGUCUCCCGUUCAAGCUUGUUCAGCCUACAGGUCUCGAUCGCGAUUAUACCAACAGCACUUCGGCCACUGGCACUGGAAGAGAAGGCUACACCGGCGCCGGUAGCAAGCCAUCAACCACGGGUGGAGACUCAUCAGUAACCGGCAAGAUCAAGUUGUUCUAA